AUGGGUAGGAAAAAGAAGCAUUCUGAUGUCAUUGGAUCGCCAGCUGCCAAAGGUGACGGCGUGGAUAAACCAGAUCCAGCGAAGACCAAGAAGAAAUAUCAACUUCUUUCGACCGAAAAUGAACAGUCACGUUCUGCUACCUCGAUGUUAGCCCCAGCAAUGUCAAAUGAGCUUGUUGUCAUGUUGCAAAAACUGAUAGAGAAACCAGAGAAACACGAUACUGAAAUGAUGGUGAAGAAGAAGAAGAAGAAGAAGAAGAAGAAGAAGAAGAAGAAGAAGAAGAAGAAGAGAAAAAGCGGGAGGAACAUGAUACUGAAGUGGUGA